CAACAGUGCAGUACAGCCCAAGUGCCGUUAAAAUAGUGUAAAGAGAAAUUUCCGAGCUACGCCAGUGCAGUUUGACGUCAUAAAUUCGUCAUGGCCAUUCCAUUCUAUGAAGAUGAAAAAAUUGCAGCAGCGGCGGCAAACCUUGAGCCCAGUCCAGGCGAAGGCGAUCAAGUUGAUGGUCCUGCCUAUGCACAGCAAGCAGAUUAUGAUGAAGUGGACUACGAGCAGCCACAGCCAGAAGCAGCAGCAGCAGCAACAAGUGACAGCACAGCUAAGGCGCCAACUACUGAGGAGCAGCUGCUGGCCUGGAAGUUGCUGGCGCUCACCAUGUGCAAGGUGCUCAAGCAGUUCUAUAUGAAGCAACAGCCAACGAACAAAAAGGACACCAAAUUGACAGCCACAGUGCAGCUGCAGCCACAAGCGCAGUAAGCAGCCCCCCAACCACCCCCCAUCCAACAUUCGAGGCGCCUCGCUUUGAGGUCAACGGCUCCUAAGCGCAACAUGUGAUUACUUUUCGUUGGUGAGAACUAGCGCUAGCCUAGGUAACGGAUUUCCCUAGGAAAAACCCUGCAGAAAAACCCAUGAGCGUUUGAGUUUAUGUUCCCCUUUAUAAGUUUUGCCGUCGCUAAGGCUGAGUAAUUCUAAAAGAAAAUGCAUACAAGUUUUGGAAUAAGCACAAAUGUGAUAAAUAAUUUUACUAAAACAUAUUUUUAGUGCGCAUUUUGGUAAAGUUAUUUAAGCAUGCAAAAUUAUGUUUAAAUUAAUUUAUUGAUUACAAUUAUCAAAGGUCGGCCCCAGUGCAAGAAGCAGCUGCUAGUUUUCACAUUGAAACCAACCUAAACUUAAGUCCAACUUUUUGCUACUAUAACUUAACUAUAUAAACUAAUUAGCCUAAGUUCGUAAUUCAAAAACUCUCUUGGUGUCUAUUUACAAAUAUACAAAGCAACGAUUUCAUCUUAGACUAGCUCGCUUCUUAACUUAGCCAAUAUAAGAGAUAAACAUAUAUUUUUGUAUAAUUAUUUUGCUGUUAAAUGUAAGUUGCUGUUCUAUGUGUGUGUCAAUCUUUUAGAACUUUUAACCUAAGCAAUAUAACUAAGACUAUGACGAAAUGGAAAAAAGCAAAGUUUUCGUGUCAUGAGCAUGAACAUAGUACAAGACAACAAUAGUAAUUAAAUGUUUACAAAUCAAA